AUGGAAAGAGAAGAAAUAAUUAAUUCUAUAGAAACAAAUUUAAUUAGUAAUUUUCAAUCUAUAACAAUUAAAAAUCGUUUAAAGAAAUUUUUUGGUUUACCAACAUCUAUACAUAGUGAAUAUAUUGAUGAUAAUGAACAAUGUUCUUGGUCUUCAAAUACACUUUUAUGUGCAACUACCUUUCUCGAAGAUGCAGUCAAUUAUCAAUCUAUAAGACAUAAAAUAACACGAAAAUAUUUAUUAAUCUAUCGAUGGUUUUCAUGUCCGAUGAUAAAAAAAUUACAUCAGAUUAUGUUGAUAAUUAAUCUUUGUUUGGCAUUUUUUGAACGACCAUCAUCAUUUAGUAUAACAUCAGAUGUUCGUGAUAAACCUGAUCGAAUUAUUUUUCCAUAUUUUAUACUUAUGACAAUUGAAGGUUUAACACUUCUUUGGUUUAGUUGCUAUAUUUUUGUGAAAAUUGCUUGUUUUGGUAUAAAAUAUAUUCGACAACGAUUUUGGAUAGUAAUUUUUUUUAUUGUUAUAAGUUAUUCAUUAUGUGAAUGGUUUGUUAUGUUGUUAUUUCUUAGUCAAACAUAUCAAGGUAUUCGUCUUCGACGUAUGUUUCGUCCUAUAUUUAUGAUUGAAUCAUCACAAUUGAUGAAAAAAGCAUUUGCAGCUUUACAUAAAAAUGCGUUAACCAUUAUAGCUUCUAUUUCAUUGGCACUUAUUCAUAUUCUUUUCUUUGCUGUUAUGGCUAUGUUUCUAUUUCCUCGAUCAGAUACACGACCAGAUAGUCAAGGCAGUACUUAUUUUUCUAAUUUACACGAUUCAACCUUACAAUUACUUGUACUUCAUUCAACAGCGAAUAAUCCUGAUAUAAUGAUACCAGCUUAUUCGGACAAUCGAUUGAAUGCAUUAUUCUUCAUCAUUUUUGUUGUUAUUGGCAUUUAUUGGAUACAAAAUAUAAUAACAGCAGUAGUUUAUCGUGCUUUUCGAGGUUAUUUUUUAAAUUCAAUUAUUAAUUUACAAUUAAGACGACGAAUAGCUGUACGAGCUUCAUUUGAAAUUUUAAAAAAACGUAUAACAUCUGAAGGAUUAAUUGAAAUAAAAGAUAAUAUACCAAUAUCAGUUGUUCAAAUAGUAUUAAAUUAUGUAUCGAUGAAUAAAUGGCAUUUUAAUCGAAUUAAUGAAAGACUCUCUGAAUUAAUCCAUGAAAACGACUCAAUUAAUCUUGAUCAAUAUUCUCAUACAAUGCAAUUAUUAGAUUUAAAUCCAAAAUUAGCACCGGGACUUAAUAUCCGAACAUUAGGUGAAAAUACACUCGAUCGUUUUAAAGCUAUUUGUCGUUCAAAAGCAUUUGAUUUUAUUGGAACAAUAUUUGCUAUAUUAAGUGUUCUUUUUGUUACAAUUGAAGUUAGUGAUCAUCAUUUAAAUACUAAUUACAAUGAUAUAGUAACAUAUACAUUACCCAUGGCAAUUAUUAAUUUAUGUUUUAUAUUUUAUUUUGUUCUUGAAAUAGUACUUAAAGCAUGGGCAUUUGGUACAGUAAAUUUUUUUCGUUCAUCAUCUAUGCAUAUAUUAGAAGCUAUUGUAGCAUUUACAUGUUUUUUUUUGCAAAUUAUUUAUUUGGCAAUACAUCGAACACUGAUUGUUUCACUAAUAUAUGUUGAAAUGAUCAAGAAAGAAAAAACAAUUUUUCCGCUUUGGGCAGCAAUAAAAGUUUGCAAUAUGUUAUUUAUUUAUAGAUUAAUUCGGUUUUUACCAGCAUCGAAAAAUAUUCGAAUUAUUGUUGGAACGAUUCUUGAUGAAUUUCGAAAUGGUGGAGCUUUCUUUGGACUUUUAUUCAGUUUUUAUUAUGUAUAUUCAAUAUUUGGAAUGGAAUUAUUUGGUGGUGAAGUUGAUGAUCUUUACAGACGUUAUAAUCAAUCAAAUAUAACAGUUUGUGGCACUUAUGAACAACUUGAAUAUUGGCCAAAUGGAUUUAAUGAUUUCUAUUCAUCAAUUAUUACAUUGUAUAAUAUAAUGAUUGUAAAUCAAUGGUAUGUGUUUGUUUAUGGAUUUCGUGCUGCAACAAAUUCAAUAUGGAGUGAAUUAUAUUUUAUAUUAUGGUAUUUAUUUGUAACAACUAUUGGAUUAAAUGUUUGUCUUGCAUUAAGUGGUGAUAUUCAUGAUGCUAAAAAACAACGAGCUGAUCAAAAUGAAGAAUUAAUUGUAUCGAAUAUGUAUGAUAUUUAUCGAUCUCAUAUAAAUGAACCAUCAUCAGAAGAAAUUACACGACGAUUAAAUGAACAUCCAUAUAUUAAUUUUCGUCAACAUUCUAAUGAAGAAAUAAAUUUAGCUUGA